ACAUAUUUCCUUUUAUAAAUAGCAAGAGCACUUCCUCUGCUCCUUUCCUUUCUUAACUAGUUUCUGCACACAUAUAAGCUCAACUUUAGAGCACCCUCUUCUUCAAACAUCUCUCUCUCUCUCUCUCUCUCUCUCUCUCUCUCAUUAUGCCUUCAAGACUUUCAGAAGCCUUUAAAGACCAUCCUGUCUACUUGCAUCAUAAGUACCUGGACUUCAGUUCGGUGAAGGAGCUGCCGGACUCCUAUACAUGGACUACACAGCCUGAGGACUACCCUUGUCCUAACUCACCAAGUGGCCAAGAAGUGACCGUGCCGGUGAUCGAUCUUCACCACCCGAAUGCACUAGAACUCAUAGGCCAUGCGUGCAAAACUUGGGGCGCCUUCCAAGUCACCAACCAUGGCAUACCCAAGAGGCUCCUCGAUAGCAUCCAAUCAGCUGGUAAGAACCUCUUCUCUCUUCCGGUGCAUCAGAAGCACAAGGCUGCUCGCUCGCCCAACGGUGUCCCCGGCUAUGGUGUGGCACGGAUCUCUUCGUUCUUCCCCAAGCUAAUGUGGUCCGAGGGCUUCACCAUCAUUGGAUCUCCGCUUGAACAUGCUCGCCAACUUUGGCCUAAUGAUCACGCGGAAUUCUGUGAUGUAAUUGAAGAGUACCAGAAGGAGAUGAGAAAGCUAGCCGGGAGGUUAAUGUGGUUGAUGCUCGGGUCCCUGGGCAUAUGCAAGGGAGACAUCAAGUGGGCCGGGCCAAAAGGGGACUUCGCCGGGGCGUGCAACGCGUUGCAACUGAAUUCUUACCCGGCCUGUCCGGACCCGGAUCGAGCCAUGGGUCUCGCCCCACACACUGACUCGACCCUUCUCACCAUCCUCUUCCAAAACAGCACUAGUGGCUUGCAAGUCCUCAAAGAGGGUUCUGGAUGGGUCACGAUACCUCCAAUCCCCGGUGCACUUGUGAUCAAUGUGGGUGACCUCCUCCACAUAUUGUCCAACGGCUUGUACCCGAGUGUCCUCCACCGGGCGGUCGUCAACCGGACUUGGCAUCGCCUGUCCGUGGCUUACCUCUACGGCCCUCCAAGCAAUGUCCAGAUCUCGCCGCUAUCGCAAUUGAUCAACUCGAGCAAUCCCCCGCUGUACCGGCCCGUGACUUGGAGCGAGUACCUCGGCACCAAGGCAAAGCAUUUCAAUAAGGCACUGUCGUCGGUCCGGCUUUGCGGGCCGAUGAACAAAUUGCAAGAUGUAAAUGACCAAAUAGUGAAAGUGGGCUAAGCAUUAGACAAUGAGAUGUUGAGAUUACUAUUGUUAUUAAUUGCCCUUAAA